AUGCGACAUUUUGCUAAGACGACGGUGAAUCUUGGCGGUGGUUUACUCCCAGCUAGGCUUCCGAUUCCGAUAUCGGAUGUGGCAAAUAUCAUAUCGGAUGUGCCGAACACCUUCUCAACUUGGGAAACUCUGCCGGAGGACGGACCUCCGCGGUGCAUCGCAGUUCAACGCCCAGAGUCACUUCCAUGCCACUUCCAUGCCGAGGUGGUUGGGCGACGACCUGUGGUGAAAGCUAAGCUCGCCGUGGCAUGGCUGCUUAGUUUGGGGAAAAGUCUCUUUGCCACUCCAGCAUAUUCACUGCCUCAGUACCCUGCACACUGGGCCCUGCCGUCUCAGACGUCGGACGGUAUGGCGACCGGUGAGAGGCGAUCAAAUCUCAGGUUGCUCAGGACGUCAUUGAUUCUGGACCAAGGCGACACACGCACGACUCGCCAUGGAGACUGUCUCAGACUGUGUACUUACAACGCGAGAACAGUUUUCCACGCCGACCUGCAUGCCUUUCUCGGAGCUGCAGAGCGUAUCAAAUUUCACGUGAUUGCUCUGCAGGAGACCAAGUGCAGAAGGAGCGACGUACGACAGAUGAAUGACGGUACACUCGUCAUUCGUGGAGAGAAGGUUCCGUCGCGAAAUGUAGGCGGUGUUGGUUUCGUUGUGCACCCAUCUGUCGUCCAUCUCGUCGAUUCUCACGAGGUCCUGUCACCUCGUCUGGCCAUUCUUCGCCUCCGCCCUCUGCGCCAAAAAUCCAUCAGUAUCAUCAACUGCUAUUCACCAACAUCAGCAGCUGAUGAUUCCGAAUUGGACGCGUUUUACGAGGAACUGGAGGAAGUAGUCCACAACGAGAAGUCCUUUUACAAAUUCGUUGUCGGAGACUUCAACGCAAAACUAGGAAAGGCCACAGGAGAGGAAUACAGGAUUGGAAGAUUUGGACUAGGGGACCGGAAUGAAAAUGGCAAUCGUCUCGCCGGACUGUUGUCCGCCGCUCGCCUCUUUCAUGGGAACUCUUUUUUCAUGAAAAAGAUCAUCGUCGGUGGACAUGGGAAUCGCCCAAUGGCGCGACUCGUGCGGAGAUCGACCACAUACUCACCAACCGGAGGUGGUGUCUACUUGACGUCUCAGAGAAAAGAAGUCGUCUACGACGAUUGCGUACUCGGGGACUCCCUGUCCCAAGGUGACUGGCACAUCGAGGAGGACCCAAACGUGGACUACGAGAUGCUGCUCAGAGGAUUACGAGCCUGUGCUGAACGUGCCUCGAAGUCGCGCACGACAAACUUGGAUCGAAUUUCGAAGACCACCAAGGAAUUGUUAGGAAGAAGAAGGGCUUUGAGGCUUGAUCCGGCUGCAUCGCACAUUGAGCGGUUAGUAGCAAACACUAGCUGCAGAAAAGUGUUGCAGGAGGAUCUUUUGAAGUACAGGCAGAAGAAGAUUCUAGAAACAGCACAAAGAAGAACGAGCCUAAAGAAGUGCCGCAGGGAUCUCCGCGAAUAUAAUAUUCCGCUAGCAACCUUGCUGAGAGAAGACGGGACUCGCACGUCUUCUCGUCGUGAGAUAGAAAUCAUUACGGAGAGGUUCUACUCGAACCUUUUCCGUUCAUCAACUCCUGUGUCAAGCCCAAUCAUCCCCACUGGCGAAGCUCCACCACGGAUUCUCCCUUCGGAAGUACGAGUCGCUAUUAAGAGCAUGAAACCUGGCACAGCCGCCGGACCUGAUUUUAUAUCAGCAGACUUUCUUCGGGCUGAUGGCCAUCCGCUUCAUGUAAUCUUAGCAGCGCACAUGACAUCCUAUCUUCCGAAAGAAAGGAUCCCAGACCAGUGGAAGACCUCGCGAACCGUUCUUAUCCAUAAGAAAGGUGACCGAGAGGACCUUCGGAACUACCGUCCGAUAUGCUUGCUGAGCGUGUUAUACAAAGUAUUCACCAAGAUCAUCCUCACACGCAUAUCUAGGACGCUGGAUGAAGCCCAGCCUCAAGAACAAGCUGGAUUCCGCCAAGGGUUCAGCUGCUUGGACCACAUCCAGACCGUGUCGAAGGUCAUAGAGGUUUGCCGGGAAUACCGCCUGCCCCUUGUUCUAACCUUCGUCGACUAUGAGAAAGCCUUUGACAGCGUAGAAACGAAUGCAAUACUGUCAGCGCUGGUCGAUCAAGGUGUGGACGCGUCGUAUGUGAGGACAUUAGCCAAUUGCUACGAACGAUGCACGACUAGGAUACAGCUUUUCCACCGCCCUCUCACCAUACCCAUUGGAAAGGCGGUACGACAAGGCGAUACUAUAUCGCCGAAGCUGUUCACGGCUGCAUUGCAAUGGAUAAUGAAAUCACUAUCCUGGGAAGAAAGGGGCAUACGUGUUGAUGGAAGAUUUCUUUCGAACCUUCGUUUCGCGGACGACAUCGUUCUCUUUUCGAGCAGUACCAAUGAAGCAGAAACGAUGCUCAACGAAUUGAACGAAGCAGGGAAGAGAAUAGGACUACGAAUAAACAGAAAGAAGACACAGUUCAUAAAGAACGCGCACUGCGAGGACGGAGGAGUACAACUUGAAGGCUCCCAAAUCGUGGAAACUCCGUCAUACGUAUACCUCGGACGUUCUAUGAACAUGGAAAACGACUUGAAGGAAGAACUGAAUAGAAGAAUGAGAGCAGCAUGGGCAGCAUUCGCAGCCGUCAGGGAAGCUACGGACCAACUGACGGACCAUGAUCUUCGUGCCCAUCUGUUCGACUCGACAGUCCUUCCAGCGCUCUGUUACGCAGCGGAGACGUGGGCAGACACCGCGGCCACGUCUAGGAAGCUACUUACUACCCACAGAGCCCUUGAGAGAUGUCUCCUGAAGUUUAACCGGCGCACACAACACCUUGCCGGUCUUCGUAGCUCCGACUUAAGAGGAAUGUCCCGUCUUCGCGACCCAGCGGAAUAUGUAUCGAAAGCAAAACAUAGAUGGGCCGGUCACAUCAUGAGAAGAAUCGACGAUAGAUGGACUAAAAGAACGCUAGAGUGGAUCCCAAGGGACGCUAAACGCCCCCGAGGGAGACCGCCAACGAGAUGGAGUGAUGUGUUCGCUGCACGGAUGGACCAGCUAAGAGCUCAGCUGGAUACGGCUCAAGGACCUCGUCAACGUCACUCACGAAGCUUGAGAACAUCUUGGAUGACAAUGGCGAGGGAACGAAACGAGUGGAAGAGAUGCUGGGGCCCGCACGUCGAGUGA